AUGCGUCUACAUGAAUUAUAUCGUCGAUUAGAAAUGAAUGCCAAUGUUUAUCCAGAAAUAGAAAAAGUUCGUAAAUUUACUACUAGUUUAAGAACAGAAUUACAAAUGGCAGUACAUCCAUUUGGUGAAAAUACUUGGGAUGGAGUAGUUAACAGAGCAAAAACUUGUGAACUUACUCGUUAUGGUGCUGCAAUAUAUAUUACACCUAAUCUUAACAAUAAUAUUGUUACUCCAACUUCUACAUCUUCUAAUUCUGUUGAAACUAUAAUGGAAGCUCUUACUAAAUGUAUAGAAAACCUUGAAAAAAAAAUUGAAAAAAAAUUAGAAAACAACAACCAAGGUCCUGAUGCUUUCCAAGACAAUACAAACCCUUCUAUGAUGUAUUUAAAGGAAGAUGAUAAAAAUAUUAAUGAAGCCUAUGUAGGAAAAAGAAGAAAAGUAGUAGAAAAAAAUGAAACUCCAGAAGUUCAAAAUAUUGUAGUAAAUGAUUCUCAAGCAGAAAAUUCUAAAACUCCUAAAGCUAAAAAGAAAAAAAUUUCUCUACAAGGUCCAAGAUUUCAUAAACCAACGAUUGGUAAAGAUGUAUCAAAAUACUCUAUUGUUGAAGACUUACAACAAAUCAAAGCAAAUAUCUCUAUUGCUCAACUUGCUGCUGAAAAUCCCAAAUAUUUAAGAGAAUUAAAAGAAAGCUCUGAUGAAAGUGAAAGUAAAUAUGAAUCCUCAAGUGAAUCUGAUGAAUCUACUGAAUAUGAAGAUAAACAACUUGAAGAAAGAAUCUAUACUCUUAAUCUUUGGCAAGAAAUGAAAAAAGAAAACUUAAAGCAAAU